AUGCUGAAAACAGGAUCAAGAUUUCGCCACAAAGAUCAAGCAAUAUCUCAAUCUGUGGAUCCUCAUCAAUCAGAUCCGAUCGGACACAACAACAACAACAAAGCGAUCACUAGUCCACUGGCUUUGAGUCUCUUGAUCGGUCUGAACAACAACAACAAGUGCAGCAUCUCAGAUUCUGAUUUUGUCAGAAGCCCUAAGUCUCCUCUUGAAUUCAGGAUGUUGUCUACAAUGGUGGCCGAGCCAUUCUUCCUCAGAUCUCCAAGAUCAUCACUCACUGCACAUCUCAACUGUUGCUGGGGUCCAUCAAAAGUUGGGUUAAGCAUUGUGGAUUCUCUCGGCGAUGAUCGGGUUUUGUCACCAGACGUUGUGUUUGGACCUGCCUUGAGGAUCAAGUCUUCUGAGAUUAAGGAUAACAACACUCCCAAAUCUUUGAAGAUUCAAGAGAAGGAAAGAUCUGGUGGAAUUUUCGAAAUCGGUGACAACUUAUCCGAGACCGAGCCAAUCGGGUUGAGGAACCGCACGUUGUCUCGAUCCAAGUUGGCCGCAGAAAGAGACAUUGUGUUCUCCGGUUGUGUAUCUGAGGAGGAGAUGGAGAUGUCAGAGGAUUACACUUGUAUCAUUUCACACGGUCCUAACCCUAAAACGACUCAUAUUUACGGUGACCGAGUUUUAGAGUGUCACAAGAAUGAGUUGAAGGAAGAUGAUGUUAACAAAGAGAAGCAUAUCGAAACAGAGUUUCCCUCUGAUAACUUCCUCAGCGUAUGUAACUUCUGCAACAAGAAACUUGAUGUUGGCGAAGACAUAUAUAUGUACAGAGAGAAAGGGUUUUGCAGCGAGGAGUGUCGUUGGGAGGAGAUGAUGGUAGAGGAGGAGGACAUGGAAGAUUCGUGCGUAGUUAUGCACGAGUCUUUAAAGAAGUUUUUUUGA